CUCGGCCCCUUUGUUCUCGCGCGCUCCCCCUCGCCGCCCACUCCCCUGCUGUCGCGCGGCGGCGGCGGCGGCGGCGGCUCCUCCCGCCCGAGGCAGUCGGGCUGGGCGCCGGGGGCGGGAGGGGGCGGGGGGAGCGCGCCAGCCGCCGGGAGUGGGGGGCGAUGGCGAAGCUCCGGGUGGCUUACGAGUACACGGAAGCCGAGGACAAGAGCAUCCGGCUCGGCUUGUUUCUCAUCAUCUCUGGCGUCGUGUCGCUCUUUAUCUUCGGCUUCUGCUGGCUGAGUCCCGCGCUGCAGGAUCUGCAAGCCACGGCGGCCAACUGCACGGUGCUGUCGGUGCAGCAGAUCGGCGAGGUCUUUGAGUGCACCUUCACCUGUGGCGCCGACUGCAGGGGCACCUCGCAGUACCCCUGCGUCCAGGUCUACGUGAACAACUCCGAGUCCAACUCCAGGGCGCUGCUGCACAGCGACGAGCACCAGCUCCUGACCAACCCCAAGUGCUCCUAUAUUCCUCCCUGUAAGAGAGAAAAUCAGAAGAACUUGGAAAGUGUCAUGAAUUGGCAACAGUACUGGAAAGAUGAGAUUGGUUCCCAGCCAUUUACUUGCUAUUUUAAUCAAUUUCAAAGACCAGAUGAUGUGCUCCUUCAUCGCACGCAUGAUGAGAUUGUCCUCCUGCAUUGCUUUCUCUGGCCCCUGGUGACAUUUGUGGUGGGCGUUCUCAUUGUGGUCCUGACCAUCUGUGCCAAGAGCCUGGCAGUCAAAGCAGAAGCCAUGAAGAAGCGCAAAUUCUCUUAAAGGGGAGUAGGCUUGUGGCAAGAAAAGCACAGAAACUGCGCUCAUCGGCACACAUCUACCUGCGGAGGCUGUUUCCUGGUGCAGGAGAUGGAAGGGGCUACGAGAGGUCUCUGAGAGGCUCCUCCCUCAAUGGCAGCAGAGACCGGCACAACUGGAAGACUGGGAACCUCAUAGAUUGUAUGCCAUGUGUCGUAGCGAUGGCUGAAGGGUCAAGCUCUUAACCGUAUGGAGUAACCAUUUCAGAAAAUCCUAUAAGAAGUUAAUUUUCUUUGGAAAGUAACAGUAUAUAAUUGUACAGUGUAGUAUACAAACCAUUAUGAUUUCUGCUACUUAAGAACAUUAAAAGAGAGUGGUCUGUGUUCUUUUCUAUUUCUUUUUUUUUUUACGUUUAGAACACCACGGUUUUAAAAAAGGGUCUUGGUUUCAUUUGAUUCCGCGAGAUGAAACUUGCACUUAGAGAUAAGGACCCCUGCACAAGUCUUGGCCUCACAGUACGAUCCCCAGUUUCCAUUAUUGAAGAAUAAUAACCUUUUGACUCCUGCUUGAAAAAGGAAAACUGCACUGUUCCCUCAGUCUUCAGUCAUUUCUGUGACUCUUCAUCAAGGGACCCUCAAAGAUUGGGAAAACAUAUCUUCCAACACUUCCCUUUGCCUCUCCACUAUUUUUCACCAAAUUAUCUCUUAAGAGAGGGAGACGGUUCUGAACAAGGUGUGUCCUAGCUCUAAGAGCACUGAGCUCCUUCAUUCACUCGUCUAUGUUACAUUCGACGGAUUUCAUCUCUGUGCAAUAGAAUGGACAUGAUGUGAAGGACACGUGUCAGCUUAGUUAACUGCUGUUUUCGUUCCUUUUCUCUUUUAGCUCAGAAAAAAAAAAUAUUCAGAAUCA